CGCCGGUUGAAUAAUUUCCAGCUGUGACGAGAGGAGCCGUCGGUGUGGAGGAGCUGUCAGAAACCAAGAUGGAGCCGAGAAGGACCAGGGAGUCUCACCUGGAGUGAAGAAGCCUCUCGGAUGGAUCCUUAAAACCCCCGGAGCCGAUCAAACCCGGAGUAGGAUGUUACUAGCGUCCGCCGUUGUGGUCUGGGAAUGGCUGAACGAGCACGGACGCUGGCGGCCCUACAGCCCGGCUGUCUGUCACCACAUCGAGGCAGUCAUCCGGAGCGACCCGCGCUGUGGUAGCGUCGUCCUCGGCCAGGUGGACCCUCGCCUCUCGCCCUACAUCAUCGAUUUGCAUUCCAUGCACCAGUUCCGACAAGACACAGGUACCCUUCGACCGGUACGACGUAGCUUCUACGACCCCACAUCGGCACCGGGCCAGGGCUGGUUGUGGGAGUGGGAGAACGACACUGGCAGUUGGACGGCAUACGACACGGACGUGGGCAUCGCCAUCCAGGCGGCACGGGAUCGACAGCAGCCCUGGCUGGACCUGGCGCCGCUGGGUUUCUGCUACCUCAUUGACUUUGAAACCAUGACCCAGAUCAACGGGCAGACGCAACGCUGCCGGCGCAUCCAGCGGCGCUCCGACCUGGCCUACCCGCUGGUGGCCGGGCCCCUGCCCAAGUCCCACCACGCCUGGGGGCCGGCGUCGAUGCCCAGCCACGGGGGACUGCUCGGCGUGGACGUGUCCGGGGUGGGCAUGGGGCUCAGGGUGAGCAGCAGCGGGAACGGGAGUGCGUACCCCAGCGGCGCCCUCCCUGCUUCGGCCAUCACCUCACUGGGACAGCCCUGCGCCUGUCAGCAGUGCAUGCUGGUGCUGAGUGUCAAAGCAGGCACCAUGUCAACCACUCACACUCUGGGUCGCAGGCCGCCACUGACCAAACCACCCAGUCCCAAAAUCAGCAGUCACCUUGUUCCGGGAGGGUCGUAUUCACUGACCCUUCCUCGGCCACCGUCCCUGUCCCGGUCGCUUUCCCCUAACAGGACGUCUAUAGUUGGGGCGACAGGUGGCUUCAGUGUGGGCGGCAUGGGUGGGCCUGGAGGUGUGAGUAUCGUCGGGGGCAGCGGCAUCGGCAACGCCAACUUCGGCUUCGGAGGAGGCUUCACUCACUCUCUCUCCCUCCUCGGCUCGGCCAACGCAGCCCUCUCCAUCUCCUCCACCCGGCCCCCUCCUCCACCUCUGCCCCCACUCCCGCCGCCUCCUCCUCCACCAGCCACCUUGUCGUCAUCAAUCGCCACCUCUGCCCCUUACUCCUCCGCCUCCACUUCCCUUUCUGUUUCCUGUCCUGGCCCCGCGGCGCCCCCUGCGGGCCCCGCGCUCAUCUCCACGGCUGCCUCCACGUGCACGCCCUCGCCUUCUGCCCGGGUCCUGGGCCCAGUGUCUACGUCCGGCGCUGCUGCCUGCGCGGCGCCCCUGCCGCCCCGGUCCAGCCUCGCGGGGCUGAGCCGACCGGCGCUGCAGCGUAUCGCCAUGGCUCAGUCACGUGCACUCAUUGCCUCGGGUGUGCCAACAGUUCCGGUGAAGAACCUGAAUGGAUCUAGCCCUGUGCACCCCGCACUGGCAGGCAUCACAGGCAUCCUGAUGAGCGCAGCAGGGCUUCCUGUCUGUCUGACCCGCCCGCCCAAGCUGGUGCUUCACCCUCCACCCGUCAGCAAGAGUGACAUCAAGCCCGUGCCCGGUCUGGGCCACUGCUGCCGCAAGACCACCAAGAAGCAGGCCCGUAAAGGCAAGACCCCCGAGGAGGUGGUGAAGCGGUACCUUCAGAAAGUUCGUAAUCCUCCAGAAGAGGACUGCACCAUCUGCAUGGAGGCCCUGGCAGGACCGUCGGGCUACAAGGGCCCCGGCGUGGGCGGCAUCUCCCGGGCUGAAUCGGUGGGCCGCCUGGCACAGUGUGGCCACCAGUACCACCUCCAGUGCCUCGUCGCCAUGUACAACAACGGCAACAAGGACGGCAGCCUGCAGUGCCCCACCUGCAAAACCAUUUACGGAGUCAAGACCGGCAACCAGCCCCCGGGCAAGAUGGAGUACCACGUCAUCCCUCACUCACUGCCCGGCCACCCGGACUGUAAAACCAUCCGGAUCAUUUACAACAUCCCUCCUGGCAUCCAGGGCCCAGAGCAUCCAAAUCCAGGCAAACCCUUCACCGCCCGUGGGUUCCCCAGACACUGCUACCUCCCUGACAGUGAGAAGGGACGCAGGGUUCUGAGGCUGCUCCUGGUAGCGUGGGACCGCCGGCUCAUCUUCUCCGUCGGCACGUCCAGCACCACCGGCGAGUCCGACACAGUAAUCUGGAACGAGGUGCACCACAAGACGGAGUUUGGCUCCAACCUGACGGGCCACGGCUACCCUGAUCCCGGCCACCUGGACAACGUCCUGGAGGAGCUCAAGGCUCAGGGCAUCACCGAGGAGGAAUGUCUACCCAGAGACUGAGCCGGAGACACUCAAGACACUGGAGAGACGAGACACCAGACCGGAGUCUGUAAACCCACGACACUGGAAACAGGAUUGGGAGUUAGACACUUUCAAAAUCUAUAAAAGACUAACUUUUACCACCACAGUUAAAAAAAAAAAAAACUCUUCA